UUCAACCACCAGUACUUCGACUAUCAUCAAGCCCUCUUUCCUCAUAGCUAUGGUGCCCUCAUCAUCACAUGAGUUAUAGUCGAGCCCUAUUAGCCUCCUCUUCCCUAAACCUUCCAUUCUUGGUUCUAACAAACACAUGCUUAAGAUAGAAAAUAAAAAAAGCAGCACCUAAAGUUCUUGAAAACUUUUAAGCUUAAACAACUUAAACCUGAGUAACCAUUGUCACUUUUGGGCUUUCUACUUUAGAAAACCCUACACAUGUUUCCUUCAAGCAACACCCAUGAACCUUAUUCCCAUACCUCAAAAACAUUCCUUGAAGGAUCUUUUACAUAUGAUUAUCAAAACCCUAUUUCAAGUUCAAGACAAGAAAAUCCAUUUUUCUUGAAUUUCCCUUCUCUAUUUCUUGAUGAUCACCAUCAUGAGUCUCCCUUGAGCCAAAUAUUGCCCCAUAAGCACCAAGACCAACAGCCUAGUGAUCACCAUGCCAAAGAGGGGAAUUUUACUCACAUUUCUGGUGAGACAUCAAAGGAGGAAAUGUCUAUUGAGGCUAAAACAUCAUCAAAGAAGAGAAAUCUUAGCGCAACGCCAAGAAGGAGAACAGGUAAGAAGGAUAGGCAUAGCAAGAUUUGCACGGCUCAAGGCAUGAGGGAUCGGAGAGUGAGAUUAUCCCUUCACAUAGCACGUAAGUUCUUUGAUCUCCAAGACAUGUUAGGCUUUGAUAAGGCAAGUAAAACCAUAGAAUGGCUUUUCAACAGAUCCAACAAUGCCAUAAAAGAGCUCUCAGAAAACAUCCAACCAAAGGAAUACAGUGAUGGUAACAAAAUUACUAUAACCAGUAACAAUAGUUCAAGUAGUGAAGGAAAGAAUGAUUCCCUUAUGUCUGAGUUUGAGGAGAACUCAAUCAAUGGACGAAAAGAGAAAGAAAAAUUGAGUGAAAUGGUGCAAGAUAAUCCUCAUAAAAGGGAGUCAAUGGAAAAAGCAAGAGCAAGGGCUAGGGAGAGGACCAAAGAAAAAAUGAUGAUCAAAGGUCUUGAAAAAUGCAAAGAAUGGUAUGAAACAAACCCUAAUAACAUGUUUGACCAAUUAGGGUCAUCAAGAAGGAAUAGUGGUUUUCUUGAUCAAGCUUCCAACUAUAAUUCUUACAAUACAAGUGUCAAUCAAGAAAAGGGUUCUCCCCAUGAAGCCAAUUCUCAAUCUCUAGGGCAUCAUUUUGCAAUUCAAAAUUAUUUCGGUGGUGCAAGUACCUCAGGAUUAGAUUCUGGCAAUUGCUUCAUGAGUUUUCUUGGAAAUUGGGAAAUCAACUAUGCCCCAAUAAAAUCCAGCAGUUAUAGUCCAUUUGCAGGUAACCCUAACUCAAUUUAUUUGGGUAACUCGAGAUAUCAUCAAUUUCAGCCACUUGAUCAAGAUAAAAACUUAUCCUGCAGACAUCAUAGACUGGAAUAAACUCGAUUUCAAGACGUACCGCGUAUUUUAAAUAUAGUUUAUAUCCCCUAUGGUUCGCCCUGUUUGAUUUUCAUUUUGUUGUUGGUUGAUUUUUGCAAUGUGGAAAAAUUCUAUUAUUUUUCUUUUGAUGCUUGGUGUGUAGAAAA